UUAAAAAUAUUGUUCAGUGAGCUGCACUGCUAAUAGGUUCAAUUUUACAAAAUUGAUUUUAGUAGUAAUUUCAUUUCGUAACUUUUAAUCGCACAAAAGUGGCACUAUCGUAUUAUCUUACGAAUGAAUGAAAUAAUUUUGAACUUGUAAUUAUUAUGUGUUGAUAAUGUAUUUUGUAUGGUUACUAUGGUUUGUUCACAAGCAGCAAGAACAACAAAAAAAUAUGUUCAUAUUUUCCAGAGUCGUAUAUGAGUUUUCAGAGAAAGAGAAAUAGAGAAGGGAGGAAAAAAGUGAUGCGAGCCACCAAUGUUUUGGUUCCUGUCGGUGACGUAAGACACAAAAACAUGGUUGCCUUGUUUUGUAGCUGUGAAGCGUGCUACGUGCUACGCGUGGAGAUGCUGCUCCGAGGCUGAACGAGCGGAAGAGGCUCCCCCGUUAGCAGUUGAUGUCUCAGGCCGGGGAAAGGUGUGCCGAGUCCGGCCGCCGGCUGCGCUCCAUCUGCCGGCGGCUGUACGACGAGAACGAGGACCUGUCCGACGUGGAGGAGAUGGUCAACAUCCGGGGAUUCAGCGUGGAGGACAAGCUGGCCAGCGACAAGUACGCCGCCAACUUUGUGCGCACCAUGGACACCAAAGACUUCACGUAUGAAUACGUGCAACGGAAUGCGCUCAAGGCGCCGCUUAUUUUCAAAGAGAAGGAAGGACUCGGGAUCAUAAUGCCCGAUCCGGAAUUCACGGUGUCGGAAAUCAAAGGCUUGGUCGGCAGCCGUCGCUCGGUGGACGUGAUGGACGUGAGCACUCAGAAAGGCUCGGAAAUGAGCAUGGCCCAGUUCGUGCGCUACUACGAGACGCCGGAGGAAGAGCGCGACAAGCUCUUCAACGUCAUCAGCUUGGAGUUCAGCCACACCAAGCUGGAGAACCUCAUCAAGAGGCCCACUGUGAUUGAUCAGGUGGACUGGGUGGACAACAUGUGGCCUUCGUAUCUCAAGCAGAGCCAAACCGAAGGCACCAACGUGAUCUCGGAGAUGAAGUAUCCCAAAGUGCAAAGGUAUUGUUUAAUGAGCGUGAAGGGCUGCUACACGGACUUCCACAUAGAUUUCGGGGGAACCUCCGUCUGGUAUCAUGUCUUCAAAGGGCAAAAAGUGUUCUGGCUGGUCCCCCCGACGCUGCACAACCUGACCCUGUACGAGGACUGGGUGCUGUCGGGAAAGCAGAGCGACGUGUUCCUGGGAGAUCGCGCCGACGGAUGCCAGAGGGUGGUGCUCAAGCAGGGAUACACCUUCUUCAUCCCUUCCGGGUGGAUUCACGCCGUGUACACUCCGGAAGACACGCUGGUGUUCGGCGGCAACGUUCUGCACAGUUUUAACAUUCCCAUGCAGCUCACCAUCCACGAGAUCGAGAACCGUACCAAGGUUCACUCCAAGUUCCGCUUCCCCUUCUACUAUGAGAUGUGUUGGUACGUCCUGGAGAGAUACAUGCACUGCCUGACCAAUCGGUCCUACCUUUCUCAGGAGGUCCAUAAAGAGCCUUUACUCAUGGACUAUGAGACAAAAGCCCACGCGGGAAGCCCCUGCUCCGACUCCAGAAGUCAGGACACGACCGAGGACUGGUGCGAUUCGCAGUUCAGGGACGACCCGUAUGAAAAACCCCAGGCGGUUUCCGACCAGCAGUGCCCGAGAGCCGCGUUGUCCGCCCACUCCGAGGACAGCUGCUGGCCCGCCUCUGACCCCGUGGACUGCCGGUCCGAAUCGCCGGCCUCGGAAUCGCACAAGAAGUGGACCCACCUGACGGAGUUUGAAAUCGUCGGGCUGAAGAGGCUGGUGGAAAAGCUGGAGUCGCUCCCCGAAAAUAAGAAAUGUGUUCCAGAGCACUUGGAGAACCCGCUAGGUCUGCUGGAAGACAUGAAGGUCGUCUUAAAGGAACAUGCUGACGACGACCCAAAGUUAGCCGUCACUGGGUUUCCGGUUGUGUUCUGGCCAAAGAAAAGCACAAAGGCGCGCCCCCCACACAGACCCAAGCCCAAAAUGGCGGCCUCCCCGGCGUCGGCCCUCAAGGUCCCGGCAAGCCGCGGCGGCGGCGGCGCGGCGAGCGCCAGGCGGAGGCGGACCCGCUGCCGCAAGUGCGAGGCCUGCGUCCGGACCGAGUGCGGCGAGUGCCACUUCUGCAAGGACAUGAAGAAGUUCGGCGGGCCGGGACGGAUGAAGCAGUCGUGCAUCAUGCGGCAGUGCAUCGCACCCGUCCUGCCGCACACGGCGGUGUGCGCCGUAUGCGAACGAGCCGGCAAGGAGGACACGGUGGAGGACGACGACGAGAAGUUCAACCUGAUGCUGAUGGAGUGCUCCAUCUGCAACGAGAUUGUCCACCCGCACUGCUUGAAGGUGAAAGAUUCCAGCGGAGUCAUCAAUGACGAAUUGCCGAACUGCUGGGAAUGUCCCAAAUGUAACCACGCUGGCAAAACGGGAAAAGCUUCAAAGCAAAAAAGGGGUCCGGGAUUCAAGUACGCGUCGAACCUCCCGGGCUCGCUGCUGAAAGAAUCGCGUCCGGGCCGCGAGCCCAAAGAGGAGCCCGACGCCCCCUCGCCCUCCUCGGCCGCCGUCACCGCCAAGAGAAAAGGCGAACGGGAGGACGAGUUCCCGAAGAAGCGGCCGCCUCUGAUCUCCCUGGAUGGGUCGCCCCGGCCUCGGCCCGAGGAAAACCCCCUGAGGAAGAAGAGGAAACUCUUCGACACGCAAGACGAACCUGCUGAUGUGAAAAGGAAGUUCUCCAAACUGGACGAGCCUCUGACCGCGAAGCUGCUGCGGCACAUCAAGACGGAGAUGGACCUCGGCGAGUACGAGGACGACGGAGACGACAGAUUCUCUCUGCACAGGAUCCACUUUAAGGCCAAGUUGGACGGCAGAGAGGAAGACGACUACAAGGAGGACGAAAAAGACGACGACGGGACGGUGGACAAAUCCAAAUUGCUCCCGAGUCCUUUGAGGAAAAUGGGAGCGGCCGGAGAGAACGAGCAGACCGUCAAAAGCGCCUCGGGACCAGGGCCCAGCGGCGAGGAGGCCGAGGAGCGGACCGAGGAGGCAAAUUUGAAGGCUCACCAUCCGCACAGGCGCCUCCUCAAGACCCACGACAGCGUGAACCACCAGAAUUGCUUGAACAAUCAGCUUCAAAGUCACCUAAAAACGGAGGAAGGCGUCGCCAAAACGGAAGAGGCGACCAAUCAAAACAGAAAGACUUUCAAAUCUGAGGUACCGCCAUCCAAACAGAACCACAGGCCGGUCAAGGCGGAGCCCGAGAACGACGUGGCGGUGACCGACCCGAGGUGGCCUCUGAACAACGGCACCGGGGACCUCGGAGGCUGGAUGCGGCACAGGCGGGAGGCCAACGGGACGCCGCGCCGACACUCGCCGCUCAGCUGGAACCGGAAGGCUCCCGUGACGCCGCUGGCCCCCCGCCCGCUCCCUUGCCGUUCGCCGCCCAAGUGCGUCCAAAUGGAGCGCCACGUCAUCAGGCCGCCUCCCAUCAGCCCGCCGCCCGAUCGGCUUCCCCUGAACGACGGCCAGGAGCACGCCAUGCGGCGCGAGGCCUGGAUGUCCGUCUUCGGUCACCUGGCGUUCAGAGACCUCUGCGUGUGCAUGCGCGUGUGCAGGACGUGGAACCGAUGGUGCUGCGACAAGAGGCUGUGGAAGCACAUCAAUCUGAACCGCUGCAAGUCCAUCACGCCCCUCAUGCUGAGCGGGAUCAUCCGAAGGCAGCCGGUCGCUCUGGACCUGAGCUGGACCAACAUUUCCAAGAAGCAACUGAGCUGGCUCAUCAACAGACUGCCAGGUUUGCGGGUGUUGCUGUUGUCGGGCUGCUCGUGGGUGGCCGUCUCCGCCCUCUGCACCUCCUGCUGUCCGCUCCUGAGAACGCUGGACGUUCAGUGGGUGGAGGGGCUUAAAGAUGCCCAGAUGAGGGACCUGCUCUCCCCGACUACUGACAACAGGCCAGGCCAGCUGGACAACCGGAGCAAGCUGCGGAACGUGGAGGACCUGCGUCUGGCCGGCCUGGAUGUCACCGACACGACGCUGCGCCUCAUCAUCCGCCACAUGGCGGCGCUAUCCAAGCUGGACCUCAGCUACUGCAACCACGUCACCGACCAGUCCGUCAACAUCCUGACCGCGGCCGGGACCACCACGCGGGACUCGCUCACUGACGUUAACCUCUCAGUGUGCAACAGGGUGACGGACCAGUCGCUGACGUACUUCAAGCGCUGCGGCAGCAUCCGCCGCAUCGACCUGCGCUUCUGCAAGCAGGUGAGCCGGGAGGGCUGCCGGCGCUUCGUGGCCGAAAUGUCGGUCAGCGUUCAGUUCGAGCUGGUCGACGACAAGCUGCUGCAGAGGAUCCAAACCCGCGCCGCCUGCGAUUAGCCCGCUCGGCCGCACGGGGGCGCCGCGACCCCGAGAGGAAGACGUGUGUUGUCUUCUCUCGGCAACUACUGAGCCAGAAUGUACAAUUUGAAGAACAUUUACCGUACCUUGUCAAAAGUUUAGACGCAGCUUCCCAUUCAAUAGCACGAGGAAGCGUCUCUAAACUUCUGACUUGGCGCCUCCUGUUUUUAUUUAUUUCUUUUAUAUAUUUUUUUUUCAGUUUCAAGAGUGACUUAUUUUUGUAGCCGAAAGCGUUUCCUACAUUCAUGUACAGUAUUACACUACUGUUGUUGAUAAUCAAUACCCAGUGUUAGUUUUUUUUUUUUUUUUUUUCUAUUUAUUUAAGCACAUUUUGUAUGACUGUUAUGUGUCUAUAGCUGAUAUUAUUUUGCACCUAUUCCAUAAAUGCCGACGCUGUAAGAGUGUACGACGCGUAGAAACGGGCGAAUGUUGAUAAAUCGAUAUGGUGGGAAAGUUUUUCUUGGCAUCAGUUCGACGUGAACUACUGCGGCAAAUUAACCUUUCUACCUUAUUAUAAUUUAUUGACGUGCACUUGGAGUUAUGCAGGUCUGGAGGGGGGGGGGAGACAACUGCCGAAUUAUGAUUUUCUCAGAUAUUGGCGUUCAUGGUUUAACAGAUAUAAAAAGUCUGCUAUCCCUGAUUCAAAUGUUUUUUUUUAUUAUAAAGUAGUGAUCAAUCAAUUCACAACAUUUCACCAUCAGUGUGACCUAACUUGCACAAAUUAUUCAAUAUUAAAUUAUUAAUUAUUAAAUAGUGAAACAGUGGUUGCACAAGUGAGGACAUCUUUUCACCUGGUUUGGAAAAGCCUACUAGCGUGCUUCAACCUAAUUUGUGGUUCUGCCAGAACCCGGUUAAAUGAAUCUGAUUGGUCAAUCGUUCCGAACACAGCCGUAUCUUUGUUGUGGGUGUCCUCACUUACGCAACCAGCUUAUUUGAGUUACCGUUUCAAAAAGAUAAAAAAAAAAAAAAUGCAACCGAGUUGCACAGGUUAUGGGUCACAUUAAGGCAGAGGUGUCAAACUCUGGUUUCCCUCAGAGGGCCGUUAUGAUCAGUCAAAAUUUUCAAUCGCCUCUUGAUAUUUACACAUGCAAUUUAUGAAGUAGUUUUGGAAUCAGAAAUCAAGGGUUUUCCCAAGUAUUGCUCAUGUUUGGUAACACAAAUAUGCUUGCAAUAUGUCAAAAGUUGUCAAUUCUCACAAAAAUCCUGGAAGUUGACACGCACGAUUUGGGCCACGCGAAACCAUAUGCUGGGCUGGAUCUGGCCCCCGGGCCUUGAGUUUGACACCUGUUCAUUAAGGAGAGAAAAAAAAACGGUUUUUUUUUUUUUUU